CGUAAACACCGCAAUCAUGGCCGACAAAAAGAAGCCCGUGGUUUCUGAAGAAAAGAAAACUGAGAAAGAAGAGGACAAGAAAAAGAAUGGAGAAAAUACGAAAGAGCAGGAAAUGUCUGAAGAAGACCAGCAACUUCAUGAUGAGUUAAACCUGUGUAUUGAAAGGUUGAAAGAAUCUGAUCAGAAACUUUAUAAGAAUGCUUUGGAGAGUUUACGAACUCUCAUUAGAGCUUCUACGACAUCAAUGACUUCUGUACCUAAACCAUUGAAGUACCUUCGACCACAUUAUGACAGUCUGAAAGAAAUUCAUGAAAAAAUCAAAGACAAGGACACUAAGAAAUUUUGUGCUGAUAUUAUAUCUGUACUGGGUAUGACUAUGAGUGAUGGAAGAGACAGUUUACACUACCGUUUAUUGGGAUCUAAAGAAGAAAUUGGUUCUUGGGGUCAUGAAUAUGUCAGGCAUUUAACAGGACAAGUAGCAGCAGAAUGGCAGGAAGCUGAAGACGAUGCUUCUGGUGCCACCAUGAAAGAGAAACUAUUAAUAAUGAUCAAACAGAUAGUACCAUAUCAUAUGACUCAUAAUGCUGAAGCUGAGGCUUGUGAUCUGUUGAUGGAGAUUGAGAAAUUAGAUUUAUUAAAAGAUUAUGUUGAUGACUCUGUUUACUCUAGAGUUUGUCUUUAUCUUACCAGCUGUGUACCAUAUGUACCUGAUCCAGAAAAUACCAUCUUAAUAAAAACAGCUGUAGAAUUAUAUAGAAAAUAUAAACAGUAUCCACAGGCUUUACGAUUUGCUCUACAACUUAAUGAUAGUAAACUUAUUGAAGAGAUCUUCUAUUCUUGUAAUGAUGUUCAUAUGCAGAAACAGCUUGCCUACCUUUUAGGAAGACAACAGAUAUUUUUAGAAUUAAAUGAAGAUAUUGAGGAAUAUGAUGAAUUAACAGAAAUUAUGUCCAAUGCUCAUUUAAAUAACAACUUCUUAGCAUUGGCUAGAGAGUUGGACAUAAUGGAACCUAAAGUACCCGAAGAUAUUUAUAAGAGCCAUUUAGAACCAAAUAGAUCAUCACUAGGAGCAGGAUCAGUAGAUAGUGCUAGACAGAAUUUAUCAGCAUCAUUUGUUAAUGGCUUUGUUAAUGCUGGUUUUGGUUCUGAUAAACUAUUGAUGGAAGAUGGUAAUAACUGGUUCUUUAAAAAUAGAGAUUAUGGUAUGUUAAGUGCUGCAGCAUCUCUAGGUUUAAUACUAUUAUGGGAUGUAGAUGGUGGUUUAACACAGAUUGAUAAAUAUCUCUACUCUUCAGAAGAUAAUAUAAAGGCUGGGGCAUUAUUAGCGUGUGGUAUUGUGAAUUCUGGUGUACGUAAUGAGUGUGAUCCUGCUCUAGCUCUAUUAACAGAUUAUGUCAUGCAUAACAAUAACGUUAUGAGACUUGGUGCUAUAGUUGGUCUUGGUUUAGCUUAUGCUGGUUCUAAUAGAGAUGAUGUCAUCAGUUUAAUAUUACCAGUUUUAGGUGAUUCCAAAUCUACCAUGGAGGUAGUUGGUAUGGCUGCUCUAGCUUGUGGUAUGAUAUCUGUAGGUAGUUGUAAUGGUGAAGUAACAUCUACUAUACUACAGACUAUGAUGGAGAAAUCAGAAGCUGAUCUUAAGAACACCUAUUCUAGAUAUUUAGCUCUAGGUCUUGCUUUGCCUUAUUUAGGAAAACAAGAUGCUGUUGAUGCUACAUUAGUAGCUCUAGAAGUUGUUGGUGAACCAUUAAAAUCCAUGGCCACUGUUUUAGUUGAUGUUUGUGCAUAUGCUGGUACUGGUAAUGUAUUAAAAGUACAACAUUUGUUACAUCUCUGUUCAGAGCAUGAUGAUGCCAAGGAUCAGGAGACUGAAAAGAAAGAUGAUAAGAAACAGAAAAAAGAUGAUAAAAAAGAAAAAGAGCCAGCUGGUCCUGAUCUCACAAUACAACAAGGUGCUAGUGUAUUGGGUAUAGCAUUAAUAGCUAUGGGAGAAGAUAUUGGUAGUGAAAUGGCAUUUAGGGCUUUUGGACAUCUUUUACGAUACGGUGAAGUUGGUAUGAGACGAGCUGUACCACUAGCUCUAGCUUUAAUCUCUGUAUCUAAUCCUAAACUACAAAUAUUAGAUACAUUGAGUAAGUUCUCACAUGAUUCUGAUCCUGAAGUAUCACAUAAUGCUAUAUUAGCUAUGGGAAUAGUAGGGGCUGGAACUAACAAUGCCAGAUUAGCAGCUCUAUUAAGACAGUUAGCUCUGUACCAUGCUAAAGAUGCUAACAAUCUGUUUAUGGUGAGACUAGCUCAGGGAUUAUGUCAUCUUGGUAAAGGAACUCUGACACUGUCACCCUACCAUAGUGAUAGGACCUUAUUAAGCCCAGUGGCUGUAGCUGGUUUAAUGGCUGUAUUGGUUUCAUGUUUAGAUGUCAAAAAUAUAAUCCUGGGUAAAUCUCAUUAUGUCCUGUAUCACCUGGUAUCUGCCAUGCAGCCACGUAUGUUAGUAACAUUUGAUGAAGAGUUACGUCCCAUGCCUGUAUCAGUCCGUGUUGGUCAAGCUGUAGAUGUGGUAGGACAGGCUGGUAAACCUAAAACAAUUACUGGAUUUCAGACCCAUACCACACCAGUUUUACUGGCUCAUGGUGAACGUGCUGAACUAGCUACAGAAGAAUAUAUCUGUUUAACACCAAUAAUGGAAGGAUUUGUUAUAUUGAAGAAGAAUCCAGAUUAUGUAGAAGUUACAAGUUAAAUUACCCAGCAUGAAGGAAGUUUAUCAUCGUGUUUUCUAGCUAUGUCAUCAUUCUCAAUCUACUAUUAUUAUUAUUAUAAAUCAGAGUUGUCAUUUGUAUAAAUUAUGAUGAUUAAAUCAUCUCUAUGUUCAA